AUGAAGACGAUAACAAUGUCAUGGGUUGAUGAUGAACCUCAAACUGAAUCUACGCAGAGAAGAACAACUCGCCCGAGUCUACCCACACAUGUCCCUUCAAACCUCAGAAACAGCGUCACCGGUCGUAAUGUCUUUGUCAAGCCAUUUGGUUUCACCACCGAUUCAUCAGACAGAUUCAACCGAGCAGUUUCAAGUCUUGGCCGAGGCCGAGGCAGAUUUUUUCAUUGUUUUGCUAUUGACUUUUUGUAA